CUCGCGCCUAGUGACCCGCGCCCUAUCUGGAGGCAGCGCCUGCCCCGCCGUGCCCUGUGAGUCAGACGGCCGGCUGGGAGAGCGCGAGCCCACGAGGCGGGGACAGUCCUGAGGCCCCGUCACCCACGUCCUCUGGGAGCGUGGUCCCAGAGAAUGACCGGUCCCCUUGUGGGCCGAGAACUGACUACAGUGUCCACGUGGUCUUCAGCACAUGCUACUCACUCGCCCCUUUGGAAUUCUGCUACACUGGGGUCUUGAGCGGGAACAGGCUGGGCCUGUGUGAGGACAGAAGAGGCCAUCCCGGCGAGAGGGUCGUAAGGAGUCUGGACAGCCUGGGAAAGCUUUCCUGAGGCUGAGAGAUGAGAAAGGCUGACCCAGCUCCCUGGGGCGGGGACCCCGCAGAGGGAUCAGAAGCCAAGGCUGGAAGGUGGCAGGGGAUAGUGAGUGACAGCGCCAGCCUUGGGAGUGCUCCCCUAUACCACCGGUUAUCGGUGACGAGCUCUGUUUCUCCACAUGUUGAAGUUUGAAUAUUAGAGAAGCACACUGAGGCAAGCAUAUAGGGUAGGGUCUAUUUAAAAAGGGUUAACAGACUUCUCCCUGGAGGGAGAAGGGGGCCAUAGCUGGUAUCCCAAGAAGCGAGGUCUUCUGCCCUUUUUUUUGUGUCCUAGGCUUCCUCUGUUCUGCUCUCUUCCCCUUAUCUGUCUCCUUCCUGUGUCCGUGACUAGGCCCAGGAAUGCUGGUGGGAUGGCCGAAAGGUAGGACACUGGUGGACUGAAGGGGGAAGGGCAGGAAUGGAUGGAGAGCACAGGACACUUAACAACCUUACAGCUCCUUAUAGUAGGGAGGGGCAAUUCCUGGGACUGGUUACCUUAGCAACAGGUUAGAGCAAGGGCUCUGAAGGAAUUAACAUUUCAAUCCCUCCUGGGACAGUCUCCUUCUGGCUGGACUCACUCAAAAUUGGCCUCCUUGAUCUGACCUAAUUUGAUUUACCUGUCUAUAUUGACUGCCUGCCUAAUUAUGGCUUCACAACUACAGCGCAAGCUCUCCUGUGUAUAGUGCCUUACUGGCUGGUGUGUGAGCCCCACAUUUAAGUCCCCCAGUACUUACCUACAUUUCAGAGGAGGAAGGAUGGAUGCAGAAGGGUUUUCUUGCUCAAGGUCCCAUAACUGAGCUAAAAUAGGGAGACCAUUUUGGCAAUGAGGAGCCUUGGCAAUUCCAAAGGGAAGCCAUUUGUAUGGGGAGGUGGUAGGAUGUGAUUUUUAAACCUAAGCAAACACUGAACCACUGAGUAUUCCCAGCCCACCCCUUUAACAUUUUAUUUUUAUUUCUACUACUGGGGACUAAACCCAGGGUACUUUACCACUGAGGCACAUCCCCAGCCCUUUUUAUUUUUUUGAGACAGGGUUUUGUUAAAGUUACCAAAGGUCUCACUAAAUUACUCAGGCUGACUUCCAACUUGGGAUCCUCCUGUUUCAGCCUUCCAAGUCAGUGUGAUUACAGCCAUGGGCUGUGGGCCACCUCAUCUAGCCAUUUUAACCUUUUUUUCUUUGGUACCAGGGAUUGAACUGAGGGGCACUCCAUCACUAAGCCACAUCCCUAGCCCUAUUUUGUAGUUUAUUUAGAGACAGGGUCUCACUGAGUUGCUUAGUGCCUCACUUUUUGCUGAGGCUGGCUUUGAACUCGCAAUUCUCCUGUCUCAGCCUCCCAAGCCUCUGGGAUUACAGGCCUACACUGUUGCGCCCAGCUCCAUUUUAACCAUUUUUUAAGUGUACAAUUUAGUAUCAUUAAAUGCAUUCACAUUGUUACAUAACCAUCACUAUAAUCCAUCUCUGAACAUUUUUCAUCAUCCCAAACUGAAGCUAUACCUACUGCACUCUUCCGCCCCUCACACCCACCAUUCUGCUGUUUCUAUGAUUUUUGACUAGGCAUUUCAUAAAAGGGGAAACAUGCAGGAUUUGUUCCUUUUGCUUUUUCUUUUAUUCUACAUUUUCCAAGGUUUAUCUAUUCUAUAGCAUGUAUCAGAAGUUGAUUUCUUAAGGCUGAACAAUAUUCCUGUGAUUGAGUUUUAAAAACAUCCCUCUGGGGACUGGGGUUGUGGCUCGGUGGUAGAGCGCUUGCCUAGCACGUGUGAGGCCCUGGGUUCAAUCCUCAGCACCACAUAUAAAGAAAGAAAGAAAGAAAGAUAUUGUGUCAACUACAGCUAAAAAAUAUUUUAAAAAUAAAAAUUAGGGGCUGGGGAUGUGGCUCAAGCGGUAGCGCGCUCGCCUGGCAUGUGUGCGGCCCGGGUUCGAUCCUUAGCAUCACAUACAAACAAAGAUGUUGUGUCUGCCGAAAACUGAAAAAUAAAUCUUAGAAUAAAUAAAUAAAUAAAAAUUAAAAUUAAAUCCCUCUGACAGCUUUGGGAGAAACAAUGCGAGGCAGGGGCUGGGAAUAUUGGAAGCAGGGAGUCCUGUAGGAGACUGCCCAUCCCCAUUGGUGGGAUGGUGGUGGCUCAGGGGGUGCAGUGAAGAUGGUGCAUGUAACAUGGUUAAUUGGUAGUAGAAGCUUUGUUCAUUUCCAGACCAUCUUCUCUACUUGACAAGCGUGCUGGGUGAAAGAAGCACGGACCCAUCCUCAAUGGGGGGGCUCAUGGUUGGUGGGGGAGGCACUGAGACUCACCUGCUUGGACAAAAUCUCAUCUCUAGGAGCCUGCUUUUCCUCCCUUGUGAUAUUCACAGGAGGAUUUAGGGAGGCAGCAUCAGGCAACCGUGCGCCUGGGGCACCUGGCCCAGAAUGAUGCCCAUAAAUUUAGGAGGGUCAUCUGAGCAGAGGCCGAGUUAGAUCUCUGUAGGACCUGAGAGGAGGUCCUGGAAGGCUUCCUGGAGAAAGGCCUUGGGGCUGACUGGAGACGGGCAUGCCAGGUUUCCAGUGUCUAGCAAGGGAUGAGUGUGGAGCGCAGCUGCGAUCUGCCAUCGGCCAAGAGUUCCCCCGAGAAACGCUGCCCUGACAUGCACCGGGGUCCCGGGCGACACUGCCCGGCAGCCCGCCUUCCCCGGGGCGCAGACUCUCGGCAGGGGAGGUCGACGGCCUGCGGCGUAGACCGGGAAGGCGGGGCUGGAGGGGGCGGGCCCGGGCCCGGCAUCCCUCCCGCCCGGAAGCGCGCGGGCGGGAAUCCCGGCGCGGAACGGCUGGCACUCGGGGCGCGCUCAGCCUGGAGCCCAGCAGCCUCCUUGGGCCCUGUCUGAGCAGGUCUGCCUGGCAAGCUGGGACAUGUCUGGCCCCCAAGGACCAUCCCUGAGUGAUGGCUGCAGUGGCGGAGGGGCUGGAGUCCAGAGAAGCUGCAGCUGCCUCAAAAGAUGCUCCAAGACCUGCUGUGGAGUCUGUGGAUGCAGGACCUGGGGCACCUCCCUUCCUGGCUGGGAAUCGGCUGAAUUUGGACCUGUACCCCGAGGGCUGCCACCAGCUGCUGCACCUGUGUGCCCAACACCACCAGCAGCUGCUGCAGGUAGAGUUCUUACGGCUGAGCACCCACGAGGACCCUCAACUGCUGGAAGCCACCCUGGCCCAGGUGCCGGGGAACCUGCCACACCUCCGCUCCUUGGUCCUCAAAGGGGGGCAACAUCGGGGUGCCCUGGGUGCCUGCCUCCAGGGUACCCUGACCACGUUGCCCACUGGCCUGAGUGCCUUGGCCCACCUGGUCCACCUAGACCUGAGCUUCAACAAACUGGAGACACUGCCAGCCUGUGUCCCUCAGCUGCGCAGCCUGGACACGCUCCUUCUCUCUCAUAACCGCCUGUCAGUGCUCCCUGAGACCCUGGGUGCUCUCCAUGUUCUCACCUUCCUCACUGUGACACACAACUGCCUGCAAAAGCUGCCCCCAGCACUGGGGGCCCUGUCUGCCCUGCAGCAACUUGAUCUCUCAGAGAACCUUCUGGACACACUUCCUCCUGAGAUUGGAGGCCUGAGCAACCUCACUGAACUCAACCUGGCUUCCAACCGGCUGCAGAGCCUCCCUGUCUCCCUUGUGGGGCUGCGGUCCCUGCGGCUCCUUGUUUUGCACAGCAACUUCCUGACCUCAGUGCCUGCUGGUCUGGCCCAUCUCCCACUGCUCACCCGGCUUGACCUGAGGGACAACCAGCUCCGGCACCUGCCUCCUGAGCUACUAGAUGCACCCUUUGUGCGCUUACAGGGGAACCCCCUGGGUGAGGCCUCACCAGAUUCUCUGAGUCCUCCAGGCACACCCCAAGUUCUUGAAAUGCCGAAACUGUUCCUGACCUCAGAUUUGGACAGCUUCCCUGUGACCCCCCAAGGCUGUUCUGUAACUCUGGCCUGUGGCGUCCGCCUGCGGUUCCCAGCGGGGGCCACCACUACCCCCAUCACUGUCCACUAUCGACUGUGGCUGCCGGAACCAGCACUCGUCUCCUUGGGCCCUCAUGACUCCCUGCUCAGCGGUGUCCUGGAGCUGUGGCCCCAUGGGGUGGCUUUUCAGCAGGAUGUGAGCCUGUGGCUGCUCUUUGUCCCCCCACGGGCCCGUCGUUGCCAUGAGGUAGUGGUCAGAACCCGCAGGGACAAUAGCUGGAGUGACCUGGAGACCCACCUAGAGGAAGAGGCACCCAAGCGGCUCUGGGCUCGCUGCCAGGUGCCCCACUUCUCAUGGUUCCUUGUGGUUUUGCGCCCUGUAUCCAAUGCCUGCCUGGUACCUCCAGAGGGGACACUGCUGUGCUCUUCAGGUCAUCCUGGGGUCAAGGUCACCUUCCCCCCUGGGGCCACCGAGGAGCCUCGUCAUGUCUCCAUGCAGGUGGUGCACAUGGCUGGCCGAGAGUUGCGCGCCCUUCUAGGGGAGCCAGAGGCUGCGGUGAGCCCCCUGCUAUGCCUCUCACAGAGUGGUCCCCCCAGCUUCCUCCAGCCAGUUACGGUGCAGCUACCCCUGCCCCCUGGUGUCACAGGCUUCAGCCUGGACCACUCCCGCCUGCACCUGCUGUACUGGGCCCCUCCUGCAGCCACCUGGGAUGACAUCACGGCUCAGGUGGUGCUGGAGCUCACUCAUCUGUAUGCACGCUUCCAGGUCACACAUUUCUCCUGGUACUGGCUCUGGUACACCACCAAGACCUGUGUGGGGGGCCUGGCGCGGAAGGCCUGGGAGCGGCUACGGCUGCACCAAGUCAACCUCAUUGCCCUGCAAAGGCGCCGGGACCCCGAGCAGGUCCUGCUGCAGUGCCUGCCCCGAAACAAGGUGGAUGCCACCCUGCGCCGGCUGCUGGAGCGCUAUCGAGGGCCCGAGCCCUCUGACACUGUGGAGAUGUUUGAGGGCGAGAAGUUCUUUGCUGCCUUCGAGCGAGGCAUUGACGUGGAUGCUGACCGCCCAGACUGUGUGGAGGGCAGGGUCUGCUUUGUGUUCUACUCUCACCUGAAGAACGUGAAGGAAGUUUACAUCACCACAGCUCUGGAUCGGGAGGCUCAGGCGGUGCGAGGCCAGGUGUCCUUUUAUCGGGGCUCAGUGCCUGUGGAGGUACCCCAAGAGGCUGAGGCUGCCCGGCAGAGGAAGGGUGCAGAUGCCCUCUGGAUGGCCACUCUGCCUAUCAAGCUGCCGAGACUUCAGGGGCUCAAGGGUCACGGGAAGGGGGCCAGGCUUUCCCUGGCACCCCUGAACCUGGGCGACGCUGAGACUGGCUUUCUGACUCAGAGCAACCUGCUGAGUGUGGCUGGGCGCCUGGGUCCCGACUGGCCAGCCGUGGCCCUGCACUUGGGCAUGCCCUACCGAGAGCUGCAGCGCAUCCGGCAUGAGUUCCGGGACGACCUGGACGGGCAAAUCCGCCACAUGCUCUUCUCCUGGGCAGAGCGCCAGGCUGGGCAGCCAGGGGCUGUGGAGCUCUUGCUGCAGGCCCUGGAGCAGAGUGACCGGCAGGAUGUGGCUGAAGAAGUACGGGCCAUCUUGGAGCUCGGCCGCCACAAGUACCAGGACAGCAUCCGCCGUACGGGCCUGGCUGCAGAGGACUCUGCUCUGCCAGGCACAUCAGCCUCACAGUCCACAGAGCCUGCCCAGGCCUAAGCCCAGCAGGCUCUGGACAUUGGCCUGGCCCCUGGCAGAGCUCGACCUUCAAGUCUCUCCCCUGUCUGGGGGCGAUGUAAACCUGUACUGUUCCAUCUGCCGUCUCAGAGCUCGGCUGGUCCACCAGGUGGAGAGGCAGUUGGCGGGAAGGCAGGGCCAGGCUAGCUGAGGCCCAGCCUCUACUGGGAGGGGGUUCUGUAUGCCCAGUCUUCCCAUGGCCUUUGCUCCGGCCCCUCCCUCAGACCAUGCCUAUUGCCUGUGGUCCUGAUCUUCCCAGAAGUGGAGAGGAGCUGACUCUACAAAGUAACGAUUCUGUCAGAGAUGGAUACAAAGUCA